AUGAGCAAACUAUUUGAAGAACAGCUCAAAUCUCUGGUGGUAUCAUUCCUCCUCACUCAAUCUCCUGUCAGCAUGCGUACCAACUCCCCGGCAGUCACUAAAAAGUCCGUCCCCUCGACCCCCAAUCGUUCUUCAAGGUCUCAGCUUUUUGGACCUUCCUCCCCUCCUCCUCCUGUCCGAACUUAUGGAAGAAGAUCGAGGAAUCGUUCGCAGCCCAGUACACCCUCCCAAAUCCGCACUACUUCAUCUUCGAGUACGCCUUCACGCCGUAAUGCUCCGGCCUCAUCUACUUCGACUGCACCCAGUCUUCAUCUUCCCAGCUUAGCGUUAGACUAUGAAGAACCAGUUCUCCUUCCGGCUACACCUCCGCAUUCUCUCAACUCUGCCGCAUCUUUCUCGGGCUCUUCAGGUGCAAUUGCUCACAAUGUCGACUUGACGUUCUCUGGUCCGCUCCUCGUCAUCGGCGAUACCGCCGCUCCGACCUGGCUGCUACUUAGCUCCUCUCUCUCUACUCUCGCUCUCCGGGGACUAACGGCGUAA